AUGUUUUAUAUUUCUCUACAUUUACUUAUUUUUUUAAUUGUUUUUUUUUUCUUAGUGUCAAAAUCAAGAGGCAUCCCUGACAAUUUUCAGAGAUUUUCGGCAUUACAGACGUAUCUACCUGUCAAUUAUCGAAUUCUCAGUGCAGAAACCGCCUUUCUUUUAAAGGAGAACAACCAGGAUUUCAUGAGGAACUCUAGUUUGCAAUCUAGGGUAGAAUCCUUCUUUAUUCACAAAGCACUGAAAUCCCCUGUAUUAAAUGCUAGCUAUGGACCUUUUUCUGUAGAACAAGACAUAACAGAGGACAUUCUGUUGAAUACCCAUUCCUUUGGACCCAACAAAUUUACUUUUAAUUGGAAAAUCAAAGCAUACAUUAUUAAUGAGAAGGUGUAUCCCAACAAACCUAAAGUCCAGGUCUUAUUUUACAUUGCAGGUAGAGACUGGGAUAAUUAUAGUGCCACUGAAAAGCUUCCAUGUUUAAGACUGUUUGCAUUUCGGGAAACUAGAGAGGUUAAAGGCAGUUGCAGACUGCAAGGGAUUUUGGGACUCUGUGUAGCAGAACUGGAAUUCCAGCCCUCCUGGUUCACUUCACCUCCUGUAAUCACAAGUCGAAAAAGAAAUCAAGAACUUCCUGAGGGAAUACCUGUGGACCUUUACUACACCAUCCAAUCUGAAGAAGAGAAAACUGAGUGUACAGCUGAGGAAGCCAGGAAAGGGAAUGCGAUUCGGCCAGGGAAAGACCCAGCAGAAGAUGCACUGUCACAUAUACAGAGGAUUGGAAAUAUAAGUCUCUAUCGAACGCCAGAAAGUUCUCAGUUAACUGAGCUGAGGUUGGAUAGCCAUGUUGCUCUUUGGUUACCAUCAAAACCCGCAAAGCAAGGAGAAGUUUUAAUUGUCUAUGUUACAGUUGCCAGCAAUGCUACACUGGAUCAGUUCAUACUCAGGGCCAAAGUGAAAAAAGGGGUGAACAUUCUGAAUGUGAAGAUCAGUGAUCCACUGCAGUGGGAUAUUCAGCAAGAGCUUGGAAAUGGAGGCAAACACUCCACCACGUCUGUCACCUGCCAGAGAACAGGAGCCAGCCAGAGAAGCAGGACUAACAAUCAGUUUAAUGAAGUAGUACAGAUGAACUUUGAGAUCACCAGCUUCAGCAGCCUCUCGGGAACUCAGCCAAUCUCAUGGCAGGUGGAAUAUCCUGGAAAAGGCUCAAGUGAUAUCAUUCUGUCUGAAAUAUUCAUAAGUCAGAAGGACCUUGUUGGCAUUGUCCCUCUCUCUAUGGACACAGAGAUUCUGAAUACAGCCAUCCUAACUGGAAAGACAGUGGCAGUACCAGUUAAAAUAGUUUCCGUUGAGGAGAAUGGUUAUGUGACUGAUAUUUCCGAGCAGGUGGAAUGUAAAUCCUCAGAUGAGGAUGUUGUCAAAGUUUCUGAGAGAUGUGACUAUGUGUUUGUCAAUGGCAAGGAAAUGAAAGGCAAGACUGGGGUGACUGUGAACUUCACCUACCAGUAUCUGACUGCCCCUCUGCACAUUACCAUCUGGGUUCCAAGACUCCCACUCCAGAUAGAUAUAUCUGACACUGAGCUCAGCCAAAUCAAAGGAUGGAGAGUGCCUAUCAUUGCAAAUAGAAGACCAACCAGAGACAGUGAUGAUGAAGAUGAAGAUGAACGCAGAGGAAGGGGAUGUUCCCUUCAGUACCAACAUGCAACAGUUCGGGUUCUCACACAAUUUGUGGCUGAAGAUUCUGACCCCCUAGGGCAGCUCAUAUUUCUGUUAGGAUCUGAUUGGCAGUUUGAUGUCACAGACCUGGUGACAGACUUCAUGAAACUAGAGGAGCCACAUGUUGCCAAACUACAAGAUGGAAGGCUGCUGAUUGGCCGGGAGGUUGGCAUGACUACUAUACAGGUGAUGUCCCCUCUUUCGGAUUCCAUCCUGGCAGAAAAGACAGUGACAGUCCUGGAUGACAAAGUGACAAUAACAGACCUGGGAGUGCAGCUUGUCUCCGGACUGUCACUCUUCCUUCAGCCCAGCACAGCAAAUAACAAGGCAUUUGUUGCAACCUCUACGGCUCAGGAACUUCUUCAUACUCCCAAACAGGAAGCAGUUCUCAGUACAUGGAUACAGUUUAGUGAUGGCAUGGUAACCCCUCUUGACAUCUAUGAUUAUAAAGACUUUUCCCUCUCUGCUACAUCAUUAGAUGACUCCAUUGUGUCCACAUACCAAAGGAGUUUAUAUAAAUUGCCCGUUGUGGUAGCAGAAGGUGAUGGACAAGGUCCAGUGAUCAAAGUAGACAUGAUGAUAUCAGAGGCUUGCCAAAAAUCAAAGAGAAAAAGUGUUCUUGCUAUUGGAUAUGGUUUCAUCAAAGUCAAAAUUGGUCAAAAAGACACAAGUCCUCAAACUGGGAAUGAUUACGGUGGAGAUGAAAUUGAAAAUCACACCAGUGACCGUAAGCAAAAAGCCCCAGAUGUGGAACAAUAUGGUAAUGAAGGUAGAUACAAUGGGUCUCCCUUGGAACGCGAUAAAAGUGCUAUAAGAAAGAGCAGCACUACAGCUAGAUCAUUUCUUAACAGUAGAGUGGAUGGUAAUAGACUUUCUGAAGACAGCCCACUGCAAAAUAUCCCAAUAGAUUUUACAAAUUUUCCUGCUCAAAUUGACUUGCCAAAAAGCAAUGGAGAAAUGGAAGAAAAUGACCUUGUACAUGCACCUAAAGGGUUAAGUGAUCUUGAAAUUGGAAUGUAUGCUUUGUUAGGGGUAUUCUGCCUUGCUAUAUUAGUCUUUCUAAUUAAUUGUGCAACAUUUGCCCUUAAAUACAGGCAUAAGCAAAUACCAAUUGAAGGACAGACUAGCAUGGCACACUCCCAUGACUGGGUUUGGCUUGGUAAUGAGACAGAGUUAUUGGAAAAUACUCCAGAUGUUUCCCCCCAGCAGGAUGAACAUACUACCAUCAUAGACAGAGGAACAAUAUUGGAUGAGAGUAGCCAUCUUUUCAAUGGCAAUACCCAGAAGAGCGUGCAGAGUCAGAUACAUAGGCAAGCAGAAGAAACAGAGAACCCUUCAAAAGACAAAAAAAAUGAUCCUGUACAUUCACCAACUUCAAAGAGGAAGCGAGUAAAGUUCACUACCUUUACCACUAUACCAGCCGAUGAUGGUUGCCCAACUGUCAACGCACUUAUAACAGCUAAUGAGGAUGACAUUAAAUGGGUGUGCCAGGAUAUGGACCUGGGAGAAUCCAAGGAACUCAGAAACUAUAUAGAGAAGUACAAAGACAAAAUAUAACUCUUCAUGGUUGAAAUUAUUUAACCACAACAUUUGAUGCCUUCAGUUUUAUAGGUCAUGUGGGGAUGUUAUUAGUCACUGAGAUUCUGAAACUUGAAAACACUGAGAUUCUCUAAUUAAAAAUGUAUUCAAGGAUUUAUGAAUACCAAAUUUGCAGCAUUUUGGAUCACACAAGUGAACAAGAUGAAAGACAAUAUCUUAAUAUGUCACAAUAUACAGAAUAUGUCAUCUAUUUUGUGUAUGGGAAAAACGUAACGUUAAUAAAAAGCGCACAACAAAGCUACCAAAAAUAAUGUCUACAAUAAGGUAACAAUGUGGUAAAAUGUGAUUUACAUUUCUAAUAAAAUGUAACAAAACAACA